UUUUCUCCAUUUUCUCCAUUUUCUCCAUUUUCUCCAUUUUCUCGUAUCAUGACGUGAUUCAAUUUCUAUUAAUGUCUUUGUUAUAGUCUGGAAUUUAGAGAAUAAUUUUAUGAUUUUCAAACUAUAAAUAUCUGUAGAUAUCUUGAAUUUUUGUUUAAACCUUCCCAAAUAGAUUAUUUACUUAAAUAAAAGUAAUAAUAAAUAGAUUAUUCACUUAAAAAAAAGUAAUAAUAAUGGGAUUAGAAGAUAAUUCGCUUGUCAGAAGAUUUGUUAACGUCGGUGAGAAGAAGGCUGGGUCGACCUCUAUGGGGAUCUUUGUUGGUUUAUUUGCUGCAUUUGCUGGUAUUCUUUUCGGUUAUGAUACUGGUACAAUCUCUGGUAUAAUGGCUAUGAGUUAUGUCAAAGAAAGAUUUCCUAGCAAUAAGUUGGAAUUCACCUCUUCAGAAAGCUCCUUAAUUGUUUCAAUUCUUUCUGCGGGUACCUUCUUCGGUUCUCUUAGUGCUCCUAUUCUUUCUGACUGGAUCGGUAGAAGAUGGACUCUAAUAAUUUCGACAUUAAUCAUCUUUAAUUUGGGUAUUAUACUACAAACUGCAGCCACAGCUAUACCAUUAUUGUGUGUAGGUAGAGUUAUUGCGGGUUUUGGAGUUGGUAUUAUUUCAGCUGUGAUUCCAUUAUAUCAAGCAGAGACUGUUCCUAAAUGGAUUAGAGGAGCUAUCAUUUCAUGUUAUCAAUGGGCAAUCACCUUAGGGUUGUUAUUAGCUGCAAUUGUGAACCAAGCUUCUCACGCAAGAAAAGACUCUGGUUCUUAUAGGAUUCCCAUUGCAGUCCAAUUUUUGUGGGCCUUGAUCUUAGGUGGGGGUAUGCUAAUCCUUCCUGAAACUCCAAGAUUCUAUGUUUCUAGAAGUGACGAAGAACGUGCGAAGAAAUCACUCUCCAGAUUAAGGAAAUUGAGCGUUGAUCAUCCUGACUUAGUUGAUGAAUACGAAGAUAUUAAAGCAAAUUUUGAAUAUGAAAGAGCUAAUUCUAAUUCUUCUUGGAGAGAUGUAUUUUCAAAUAAGAAUCAUCAAGUUAAAAGAUUACUUCUUGGAGUUGGUCUUCAAGGUUUACAACAGUUGACAGGUAUUAACUUUAUUUUCUACUAUGGUACAAAUUUCUUCCAAAGAGCUGGAAUCGAGAAUAGUUUCGUCAUUCAAAUGGCAACUAACAUUGUUAAUUUUGGUUCUACUAUCCCUGGUAUUCUCUUGGUUGAAGUAGUUGGAAGAAGAAAACUUUUAUUAAGUGGAUCGGUUGUUAUGGCUGUAUCUCAACUCAUUGUGUCCAUUGUUGGAGUGGCAGCCGGCCAAAACUCUGAUUCGGCAAAUAAAUGUUUAAUUGCGUUCACCUGCACAUUCAUUGCAGGUUUUGCUGCUACUUGGGGUCCAUUGGCUUGGGCAAUUAUAGCUGAAACUUAUCCAUUAAAUGUCAGACAAAAGAGUAUUUCUAUUUCUACUGCUUCAAAUUGGUUAUUUAACUUUGUCAUUGCAUAUAUCACUCCUUAUAUGGUUGACUCUGGACCAGGUAAUGCUAAUCUUGGAAGUAAUGUUUUCUUUAUCUGGGGUGGUUGCAAUGUCUUAGGUUUCUUAUUUGCUUAUUGUAUGGUCUAUGAAACUAAGGGAUUGACUUUAGAACAAGUUGACGAAAUGUAUGAGAAGGUACCAUAUGCUUGGAAGUCGGGAUCAUUCAUUCCAACUGAGCAUGCAUUUAGACAAACUUUGGAAUCAAGUUCUGAUGACGAAAAAAAAGCCGCUAUUGAAGAAGCUUCCUUGUAAUGUCCUAAUAUUAGAUAGUUUUGAUUAUUAAUACGACAAUAUGAUUUAGCAAAUCAUUGUAAUUUCGCAGCAAACCUACCCCCAAGUUUUUUUUUGCUUCGAGCCACACUGACCCCCAACUUAAAUCUCUCCAUAUUAUUAAUAUAAAUAUCUUCAAUAUCAUCUUU